AUGCCAUCACCAAAAUCAAAAGGUAGUCCUAAAGGCAAAAGUUCACCAAAAGGCAAAAAUUCUCCUAAAAAAUCACCUAAAGGAAAACAUUCACCCAAAGAUAAAACAAAAGAUAUUUUCGAUGAACCAUUUGUAUAUCAGAAACCUCCCCCGCCACCACCACCUCCAGAUCCACCAGAAGGACCACUUUUCUCUCGUUUACGAAGACAAGUAUGGUAUCCAUAUGCUAAUCGCAUAACGCUUGAACAUCGUGAAUGGUUUUGGUCACCAUAUUGUCCAUUAAUAACAAGUUGGGGUGAUAUUUUUGUUAGUGAUCCCCCACAAAGACGUAUUUUACGCUAUGGUUUUAAUCCCAUAAGUGCAAAAAUUGUUAAAUAUACAUCAUUAAUUAUUGUGAAAGGAGAACCACGUAUUAUUAUAGAGAUACCAAGAACUGGACGAAUAGCUUGUCUUUCAACAUGUCCUAAAGCUAAGAAAACUGCCUUAAUUUUAUAUGAUCCAAUAACAUUAAAAGAAGAAAAUCGAAUUGACUUUAAAUACGAAAGUAUUCCAUUAUCAGAAAAUGAAAAUGAACAACCAAAUGAUUAUAAACUUGAAGAUGAUAGCACACCAAUUGGAAUGUGUUCAAAUUCUGAUCUUUUAUUUAUUUUAUUUAAUCCUAUUCAAAAACUUCGUAUUUAUGAUUCUGUAACAUUAAAAUCAAUUGAUUUAUGUUUAGAAAAUGCUUUCCCGGAUGAAAGUACAUGUAUUCAUUUAGCAACAUCAGGUGGAUGUGCAGCAAGUGAAAAUGCACUUUAUGUAGCUGCAACUAGACCGCCUAGAGUACAAAUGUUUUGGAUUAACCGUCAACGUGUUUUAUCUCAAAUGGAUCGUAUUGAUGUAACAUGGUAUUCAGAGUUUAGUUUAGAUCGUAUUUCAAUUGGAGAACCAUAUGGUAUACAAAUAGAUUCUCUUGGAUUGUUAGUUGUCUCUGAUUCUCGUGGUGGAUAUAUGAGAGUAUAUAAUACAUUUGGAAAUAAACGUCCACCUGGACCUUGGUUACCUUCAUUACCUCAUGGGGAAACAUGCUAUUUAGGUUCAUGGAAAAUUGAUCCUUAUCAGAGUAUUAGACCAGGACAUUUCAGUUUAGGCAAAAAUGGUGUAGCAUGUAUUGUUGACAGAUGGUCAAAUAAAUUAGCAAUUAUUUGUGAUAGAACAAUAUUUAGAUGGUAUGAUGAAACAUUAUUAGCAUUGGAUGAUGCUUUAAUUCUACGUCCUGUUAUUGAUCCUUUAAUGCCAAUAAAUGGUCUACCUGCUCCUCCAAUGUUAGCUGAUGAUUUAUCCUUACAAAUGAAAAGAAGUUCUAGCUUAGCAUCACUUCCAAUGCCAGAUGAUGUUUUAUUGACUGAAGCAAUUAUUAAACGUUAUCAAUUAGAAGAUGAAUCAUCAAAUGCACCAGUUGUUAAAUCAUCUUCACCAAAGUUGAAAAAAUCACCUAAAGAUAAAAGUCCUAAACGUAAAAGUCCUAAGUCAACUUCAUCUAAAAGUAAAAAGAAGAAGUAA